AUGAGUUUUCAACCCUCUCCAGACCUUGGAGGAUCUGGUUCACGUGCAGAAAUUGGUGAGGACCGCAAGCAAAGGUCGAAGUGGUCAACUGCUGAAGACCUGGUCCUCAUCAGUGCAUGGUUGAACACCUCCAAGGACGCAGUAGUUGGGAAUGAACAGAGGGCUGGAACCUUUUGGUUGAGGAUAACCUCUUACUAUAAUGCAAGUCCCAAGGUCGUUGGUUUGGCUAAGAGAGAGCAAAACAAGUGCAAGCAAAGGUGGGGGAAGAUAAAUGAAGGUGUCUGCAAGUUUGUGGGAUGCUAUGACACUGCAACAAAACAGAGAACUAGUGGGCAGAGUGAAGAUGAUGUUUUGAAGGCUGCACUUGAAAUUUUCUUCAACGAUUACAAGGUGAAAUUCGAAUUGGAGCAUGCCUAG